GUUGAACCUCAGGCGUCUACUGGAGCAUAUGUCAGAAACUACCCAGGAAAUAUGUAUCAGGAAGCGGUGGAAAUUGAACCUGAGGCGUCUACUAGCGCAUAUGGUAGAAACUACACAAGAAGUAUGGCUCGGGAAGCGAUGGAAUUUGAAUCUGAGGAGUCUAUUAGCACAUAUGGUAUUAACUACCCAAGAGAAGAGCAUGGAUACCGUAAUCAUAUGAGAGCUGAAACUCAGUACCGGAAGAAAUAUAAACGAGUUAUAAGAGAAAUAUACGAGGACUAUAUGGAAGAGCAGGAUGAGAUUAUUAAUGAGGUAUCAUUUGCAUCUAGAGAUUCCUCUUACUUGUCAGACGAAAUAGCAGGACCUUAUAAAAUACAAAAAGUUGAGCGUGUAAUGAGAACGACUGAUCAAAAUAUUGACAACCAGUACAGACACCCCAUAAUACCAGAGCAGGAGAGCAAUGAAGAGAAUUUUAGUUCUGAUUAUCUAUUUGGUAUCAGAGGAGUAUCUGUACCGUCUUACGAAAGAACUGAAAUGAUGAGGAGUAACACUAUUACUGAAGAGCCGGGAUCCUCAGGAGUUCAAUCCAUGAGAACCACGGUUGAAAAAAUGCAGUAUGAGCGUGUUUUGCAAACAGCUGAUCACAACAUCGAAAACCUUGUAAGACAUGAGCAGUAUACAGAUGAGACAUACGAGCCUGAUUCUUCUGUCUCCAUAAUAGAAAUAAGUGAUUCUGACUAAGUUGAGGCAGGAGAAUUGCCUUUGCUACCUUUAAGAAGAGCAUGAACAUUUCUUCCAAAACACUUCGUAGACAAAGACAUCAUCUUUCUUGAUAGAAAAGAAAACACAACUGUGAGAAAUUUAAUGUAACUUCCUCAUCCUAACCUGAGGAUGAGGAAUUUGUGAGAAAUUCUUCAAUUUUAUGAAUGAUAUUUCAAAGUUGGUCAGUUUUCAAUUUCAUACCUUUCCAUACUUCGACAUUUUUUCUAAAAAUUGAAAUUUGAAGAAAAGGUAUAGAAUUGGAAACUGUUUUUAUCCUCAAAUCUAAAAAAUAAACAACACUAAAGUACCCGAUAAAUUUGUGCGGAAACAAGUAUGAAACCAAGGUUGAACAAUGUGUAAAGGUGACAUGGUGUAUCCCAAUUGGUUUUUAACGCGAAAUAGAAGAAGGCCCUCACCUUUGUGGGGGCUAUAAUUUCCUGUCGAAGGAAGAGACUCGUGCUUUGUCUCCGUACGCGUGUUCUAUUGAUCAUUUUACGUGAGUCCAAACAAUUUUUUUCCUCUACUGUGUUAUAUCUGAUUAUUCACCUCAAAUGAUGUACUACUUGGCUGCCUUCUCAUUCAAGGUUCUAUCGACCGUUCUCUAACAUAGCUCUCCAUUUUUUCAUCAUAUUCGUAGAUAGAUAUUAAAGAUGACAACUUGUAUUUUUAUUAAAACUUUUCUAGGGUAAUUGAAAUAAUAUAAAUAUAUAUUCUUAUAAUAGACGAAAUUCAAUAAUUCAUGUUUUCAUCGGCCUCAAGAGGCAUACAGAACGAUAGGUGGUGUAUGCUUUUUUUUUGUGAAAAGUAUAUCUGAAGUACAAACAUAUUCAAAACAUUCGCUCUCCUAGAAGUACUCAAAUAUUGAACAUAGCAAUGUUCUUGUGUUGCUAGAGAAUAUGUCAUCGAGUAUUUCGACUAUCGUGCAUAUGCUAUUCUCAGUUGAUGGUAGUAUCAAAUCCAGAAUUGCAUUUGAUCAGUUUUUUUGAAGUUUUCAACACCUCAGCCUUCAUCCAUUCGUUCAGAAGAUUCAUUUAUAUAUUAUUCAUUCUCGGGGUAGUUAGUAUUAGUUUAGUUAAAAUGUUGCACUAAAAGUGAUAUGUUUCUCGGAUAUUGUUGGAGAAAUGAAACCUUGAAAAACCAUUGAUUGUAAAAUAAUUUUCAUGUUAUUUCAACUUUGAAUCAUUAUAACGAAAAAAAACUCGAUCCCACGAGUGUGUGAACAAAUUUGAAAGAACAUGUCAAUUUUUGUUGCGAGGAAGUAUAAUUUUGAUACAAUUUUCACCAAUGGAAUGGAGCAUGAUAUAUCAAUUGAAAGUCCGUUGUCACUCCUCUAUCUCUGUGAUUUCUUUCAAAAUUAUUCGAAUUCCAUUAAAAAAAUCGAAUACUUGCACUCGUUCAUUUUAUUGAGGAAACGCCACAUGAAACUAAAAUAACAUUCAAUUGGGUUUCACGUCGCUGUAGUAACGACAAUUAUGUUUAUUUUUCACCAUUCAAUAUAAAAGUGCACUUGUCUGAAAAACAUAUUCAGUAAAUUUAAGUUAUUCAUCAAUUUCUUAGUGAACUCAUUACAUGACGUGAGUCAUCGAUCAAGAUAAUCUUCGUUUAAUCCUUAAACUAGUUUUACUUUGAAAUAUUGGAAUUUGUGGGGUUUUAAAAUCCGAAAAAUACUUGCAGUCCAAUCAUUGAAAGUUAAAUAUGGCGAUACUGUUUAAUUUUGUCAAACAGCACCGAUUUGCACAAAAACGUAGAUAUGAGCUCUACUUUCUCUCUAUUUCAAUGUCGACCUUGUGCCAGGGUUGUUUUUACCCUGGGAUUGAAUGCCCCUUCUCGGGGAUGAAAAAUGUUCCAUCGAAAAUAAGUCUGAAAAGGAUAUAGGGGGUAGUUGCUGCUUGCAAGAGGGUGAAGUGGUUGAGUAAAAACAUCUUAUCAAAAUUGGAUCCUCUUGAAACAAAAAUUGACUCAUUUCCUAAUUUUUUUAACAAACAUCGUUUUCUUAAUUACGGGGGAUCAACUUUUACGUUAGAAUACCCUGUAUAAAGGUUCAAUUUAUUAAUGACUCAUUUCACAUUAAUUCAUUUCACGAAGUUUAUACCGUUGGUGUCGAUUUUAUGAGAUCGGUGAAAUAUUGAAUGGGUUUCGAUUUCAAUCAUUAACAUUUUCAUGUCGAACUUUGUAACCACCUUCAUUAUUCUUGUCCUCGGUUUGAGCAGGGAUAAAUGUAAUAUUAGUCGCAGAUCCAGGGAAUUCACUAAUCAUUCACUUUUGAUUAGAAAGUUAUAUGGUUAUCGUUAUGAAGAAGUUAUGGAUACGUAAGUUGUGCUCAAAUAUCACUUUUGGUGCAAACCAAAAAAAUUUUUUACAUAUAUUUGUAUCUUCUAAAUAUGUUAAUGAUUAUAAUU